AUGACUAACCCCUGCGCAGCCUUCACCAGUGGCUCCCUCUCCUCUUGGGAGGUGUCAGGGAAGAUGAGCAGAGCAGCAGCCGGCACGGCCCCGGAUUAUCCGGGCUGCAGCAGCCCCAACGGAGUGGCCGGCAGUGACUCCAGCUCGCUCAGCCUCCAUGGAGACAGCAGGUACCGCUGCUCCUCUUACCCCUCCUUCUCCAUCGAUGGGACGCUCCUGGCCCCUGUGCACCUCGACAUCGACCCUGACUUCCAAGCCAUGCGGCAGCAGGAAAAAGAGGACAUCAAGAUGCUCAACAACCAGUUUGUGACCCUAAUUGAGAAGGUCCAGUGUUUGGAGCAACAGAACAAGAUCCUGACAACAAGGUGGAACUUCCUGAAGGAUCAAGACAAUUCCCACUCCGAGUCGGACAUCAAGGCCAUCUAUGAUCAGUAUAUGAGCAAAAUGAAUCAAGAGAUGAAGGCCCUCAACUACGAGCAGGAAAAUCUCGAGUCGGAGCUGACAAAGGUCCUGAGCACCAUGGAUAACUUUCGAAGCAAAUAUGAGGAUGAAAUUCGUCUCUGUAGUGGCAUGGAAUACACCUUCACGGAGCUCAAAAAGGAUUUAGAUGUGAGCACCCUGCACAGAACCGAGCUGGAGGUAAAACUCAACGGGCUCCAAGAGCUGAUGGAUUUGAAGAAAACCAUCUACGAGCAGGAACUCGGUGAGCUGCUGACAGAAAUUAAGGACAUUUCCGUUGUACUGGGAAUUGACAAUGCCUGCAAACUCGAUCUGAGCAGAAUUGUGGAAGAAGUGAGGGCCCAGUAUGAAGCCCUGGCUCUUCGGAGCUGGGAGGAGGCUGAAGCACUUACCAGGAGAAAGCUGAAUGAAGGAAGCACCCAGUCAGGCACCUACGGGGGUCAUCUCCUGGACAGCCGGCGGGAGAUCGCAGACCUGAACAUAAAGAUCCAGAAGCUGAGGUCCUGCAUCGUGUCUCAAAAGAGCCAGUGCCUGUACUUAGAGGAACACAUCAAAGAAGCAGGAGAGCACGGCGAGAUGGCCCUCAAGGAUGCCAAAGCCAAACUGGUCAAGCUAGAAGAAGCCCUACAGAAGAGCAAAGAGGAUAUGGCUCACCUGGUGAAAGAGUACCAGGAGCUGAUGAACAUCAAGCUGGCACUGGAUGUGGAGAUCCUCACUUACAGGAAGCUGAUGGAAGGGGAGGAGAGCAGCAUGGAGCAACCAAUACCCACAGUCAUCAGCACCAUCCACUCCAGACCGAAGCACCCUUCCGCCAGCACCUUGCGAAACUCCAAGCUGUUCGCCAGAGCAAGAGGCAGCACUAACGGUGAGAUGAAGCCAAACGGAGCCACCACAAAGACGCUGCCCUCUAGAAGCCAGAGCGACAACUCAGCGACAUCUGAAGCAGAUGCCUUCACCAGCGGUGCCCGGCCAAAGCUCAGUUCCCUUCCCACCCCAGAAUGCUCCUAG